UUUUUCAUUACUAAGGGGCGGUUGGUUGUGAGCGGCGCUCAGAUAACACCCGCUAUCUCUCUCAUUCAUAGCUGUCUCUUGGCGCCGAAAAGCUGAAUGACAAACCCAUCCGUUUAACCUACCCCUGACCGGACAUUGCAGAUAUUUAUUUACCAGGAAAAGAUGAAGUUACGUUGGGGCUGGGCGUGUCUUUUGUUACUAUCCAUCUCCAUGGUAACCUGGGCCCAGGAGGAGGAGGAUCUGGAGGAUGAAGAGGAUGCUCAAGUGGAGGAUGGUGAUGUGGACAUGGAGACAGGGGGUAGUGAGAACCUGGAAGCAGAUGUCAAUAUUUCUUUCCAGGUAACAUACAAGACCCCAGUGCCGACAGGAGAUGUGUUUUUUGCCGAAACGUUUGAUGAAGGUUCUUUAAGCAGCUGGCAGCAGUCUAAAACAAUGAAGGAAGAUGCUGACGAAGAUAUUGCAAAAUAUGAUGGUAAAUGGGAGGUUGAGCCCCUAAAGGAAAACAAGGUGCCUGGUGAUUUGGGCUUGGUGCUGAAGUCUCGUGCCAAACACCACGCUAUUGCUGCUUUGCUUAACCGACCCUUUGUUUUUAAGGACAAGCCCCUCAUUGUUCAGUAUGAGGUCAAUUUUCAAGAUGGCAUUGACUGUGGAGGGGCUUACAUCAAGCUUCUGUCAGACUCAAAGGACCUCGAUCUGGAGCAGUUUCAUGACCGGACCCCAUACAGCAUCAUGUUUGGGCCGGAUAAAUGUGGAGAGGACUACAAGCUGCACUUUAUCUUCAGACAUAAAAACCCCCUUAAUGGAGAUAAAGAAGAAAAGCAUGCCAAACGACCCGACGUUGAUCUGAAGAAGUUCUACACCGAUAAAAAGACUCACCUCUACACUCUUGUUUUAAAUCCUGACAACAGCUAUGAGAUCUUCAUUGAUCAGUCCAGCGUUAGCAGGGGAAGCCUGUUAACAGAUGUCGUCCCACCUGUGAACCCUCCUAAAGAAAUUGAUGAUCCUAAAGACUCAAAGCCAGAGGACUGGGAUGAGAGAGCCAAAAUCCCUGACCCAGAAGCAGUCAAACCUGAAGACUGGGAUGAAGAUGCCCCAGCUAAGAUACCUGAUCCUGAUGCAGUGAAGCCUGAUGGGUGGCUGGACGAUGAACCAGAGUUUGUCUCUGACCCCACUGCAGAAAAACCUGAUGACUGGGAUGAGGAAAUGGAUGGAGAAUGGGAGGCUGCUCAGGUGCCAAACCCAGCCUGUACAACUGCUCCUGGCUGUGGUGAAUGGAAAACCCCUAUGAUCAAUAACCCUCAGUACAAGGGCAAAUGGAAAGCACCUCUCAUAGACAACCCCAACUACCAGGGAGCAUGGAGUCCACGGAAGAUCCAAAAUCCUGACUACUUCGAGGAUCUUCACCCGUUUCGAAUGGAUUCAUUCAGAGCUGUGGGUCUGGAGCUUUGGUCUAUGACCUCCGACAUUUACUUUGAUAAUUUCAUCAUAACUGCUGAGAAGGAAGUGGCAGACCGCUGGGCUGCAGACAGCUGGGGACUCAAAAAGCUAGUUGCCAGCGCCAAUGAGCCUGGAGUGUUGAGUCAAUUGGCGCUGGCUGCCGAGGAAAGGCCCUGGCUGUGGGUGAUUUACAUUCUUACUGUCGGUCUGCCUUUUGGACUCGCUGUGCUUUUCUGCUGGCCAAAGAAGUCCGAGGACGACUAUGCAUACAAGAAAACUGACCAACCCAAAGCAGAACCAGAGGACGUAGCAGAAGAAGAAGAGGGGGAGGAAGAGGAGGAGAAAGGAAAUGAUGAAGAGGAAGCAACAGCAGAGGAAGCAAAUGAAGCUGCCGUGGAUGAGAAUGGAGAUGGGAUGGAGAAUGACGAUAAUGGAGGAGAUACGGAAGAAGAUGAAGAGGAGGAGGAGGAGGAAGAGGUCAGGGAGCCAAACGACUCACCCUCAGAGGACGAAAUGAAGGACGCUGAUGAGGGAAAUCAGAUCACAGGAAAGGAAGAUAAAGUUGUCAGAAAGAGAAGAGUACGAAAGGAUUGAAGAGCCCUCCUCCCUAUCUUCCACGUUUUCCUCCUUUCUCUUGUUCCUCUGCCUCUUUUUGCUGCAUGCUUUCGGCUUUACGCCCUUCAGCAUGCAGAAAACGGCAAUCCUAGCCAUUUCGCUAAAGAGGUCGUCAUUCAUCUGAUGUCACCUCUCCUCACUUACUUCAGUCUUCCGCUUGGUUCCUGUCGAGUUUAUCUCUGAGGUUUUCCAUUUCUUUUAUUUUUGCCUUUUUAGAUUAAAAUUUAAAGAGUAGUUUCGGGCCAGGGCCUACAAGUAAUGAGAUCCGAGAUAUGCGAAGGAAAAUAUUCAAUGGUGUUUUAAAAAGAUUAACUAGUUUAUGUUCGCAUCUAUGUUUUAGUUCUUUUAAGUUAUUACAAAAGUAUUUGUGAGUUCUAAGUUAUGAGCCUUUUAACUUGAUGAAAGCACACUGGUCAUAUUUAUUGUUUGUAUGUCAUUUGAAAAUGAUGCAAUUGAAUCGACUUUUUAAUCUUGUAGUCACUGCCACCGUUGGCAGGCUGUGGAGAGGAGCUCUGUAAGAUCAGGGGCUGUUUUCACAAGACAUCUAGGUCAGUAUUGCUGUUUUGACAUUAAACAAAGUCGCUACGCACAGUUAAACCUGAUACCAGGUAUUCAAAGACAUGCUGACAACUCAAACUAAUUACUGUUUUGACAUCAGAUUGACCAUUAGUAUGGAAUUACUUCAGGAGGCCUGAAAGCAGACAUGGUUGUUCUUCAAAUGAAGAACAGUUUAGUUUUUUCUGCUUUUCCAGGUCAUGUGUUCAGCCUUACAAAGACAGCGUUACGUUUACAUGUUUGCAAACUGUUCAUUGCUCUUGGAAAUAAAUAUUUACUAUAAA